AUGGUAGACUGGAAUAACAGUGAUGCUAUGGAGCCCAUAUUUAUCCUGAGGGGUUUUCCUGGACUGGAGUAUGUUCAUUCUUGGCUCUCCAUCCUCUUCUGUCUUGCAUAUUUGGUAGCAUUUAUGGGUAAUGUUACCAUCCUGUCUGUCAUUUGGAUAGAAUCCUCUCUCCAUCAGCCCAUGUAUUACUUUAUUUCCAUCUUGGCAGUGAAUGACCUGGGGAUGUCCCUGUCUACACUUCCCACCAUGCUUGCUGUGUUAUGGUUGGAUGCUCCAGAGAUCCAGGCAAGUGCUUGCUAUGCUCAGCUGUUCUUCAUCCACACAUUCACAUUCCUGGAGUCCUCAGUGUUGCUGGCCAUGGCCUUUGACCGUUUUGUUGCUAUCUGCCAUCCACUGCACUACCCCACCAUCCUCACCAACAGUGUAAUUGGCAAAAUUGGUUUGGCCUGUUUGCUACAAAGCUUGGGAGUUGUACUUCCCACACCUUUGCUACUGAGACACUAUCACUACUGCCAUGGCAAUGCCCUCUCUCACGCCUUCUGUUUGCACCAGGAUGUUCUAAGAUUAUCCUGUACCGCCAGGAUCAACAGUAUUUAUGGGCUUUGUGUAGUCAUUGCCACACUAGGUGUGGAUUCAAUCUUCAUACUUCUUUCUUAUGUUCUGAUUCUUAAUACUGUGCUGGAUAUUGCAUCUCAUGAAGAGCAGCUAAAGGCACUCAACACAUGUGUAUCCCAUAUCUGUGUGGUGCUUAUCUUCUUUGUGCCAGUUAUUGGGGUGUCAAUGGUCCAUCGCUUUGGGAAGCAUCUGUCUUCCAUAGUCCACAUCCUCAUGGCAGACAUCUACCUUCUUCUUCCCCCAGUCCUUAACCCUAUUGUCUAUAGUGUCAGAACAAAGCAGAUUCGUCUAGGAAUUCUCUGCAAGUUUGCCCUAAGGAGGAGGUUUUAA